UUCGCCUUUCCGUAGCGGCCGGAUUGUUGUGGUGUUGCAGAAAUCCAGUUUUCGAACGGUGGACUUACGUGUGGCUCGGCUCUUGGGACAUUAGGGAAGGCUUCUGAGGGCGGGUCGAGUGACGAGGCUCGGUGACGGUGCUAGUAGAUCGGUUGGGUAGCCUCUGACUGGUAAAUCCUGGACUCCACUUGGGUCUGUGUGCUCUCUAUUUCGCUCCUGAAGAUCCUCACGUAUUUACCGCAAAACUGAUUUGCGGUAGCGGGUGAAAGCAGAGGGGCAUUUCUGCGUGGGGAUGGCCAAGCCGGCUAACGAUGCGGUAGUAGAAUCUCGCUCUGGAGGGCUGUUUCUACCCUCCAUUUCUUCAGCCAUGUCGCCAGCUCCACGUGCAGCCCCAGCCCCUGCCUCGGUUUCCCUGUUGGCCCUCAGCAGGGAAGCUCCACUCGUUCGGGGCCUGAGCCUGGUGAGCCAAGCUCCUGGGGAGGCUCUGGCCUGGGCGCCGCGUACUUCCUGUCCAGGAGAGAACACAAGUUCAGGAAAAAAAGUAUCUCCAUGUUCUCUGGAUAUUUCAGAUAAAUUAUUUUGUUCAGCCUGUGACCAGAUCUUCCAGAAUCACCAGGAACAGAGAGAACAUUAUAAGCUUGAUUGGCAUCGCUUUAACUUAAAACAACGUCUCAAGAACAAGCCUCUCCUGUCUGCUUCAGACUUUGAAAAGCAAAGCUCCACAGGAGAUCUUUCCAGCAUCUCGGGAUCAGAAGACUCAGACUCAACUAGUGAAGAAGACUUGCUAACACUGGAUGAGGGGAAGGCUGAAUCUGAGAAACCUAACCGACCCACCAGAUUCUACCCACACCGGGUCCUCUUCAGAAACGCCCAGAGCCAGUUUCUUUAUGCCUAUCGUUGUGUUCUAGGCCCUCACCAGAUUCCCCCAGAAAAGGCAGAAUUGCUGCUACAAAACCUUCAAAAUGGAGGUCCCAGACACUACGUGGUGCUCAUGGCUGCAGCUGGACAUUUUGCUGGUGCCAUUUUUCAAGGAAAAGAAGUGGUGGCACACAAAACUUUUCACCGUUACACUGUGCGGGCCAAGCGGGGCACAGCCCAGGGGCUUCAGGAUGCCCAGGGUAGGGCAUCCCGCUCUGCUGGAGCCAACCUGAGGCGUUACAACGAAGCCAUGCUCUAUAAGGAUGUUCGAGACCUGCUGGCAGGGCCAACCUGGUCCAAAGCACUAGGGGAGGCAGAAACAAUACUGAUCCGUGCCCCACGCUCUGGCCGGUCCUUGUUCUUUGGAGGCCAAGGGGCACCCCUACAAAGGGAUGAUUCCCGACUUUGGGAUAUCCCUCUUACCACCCGCAGACCCACUUUUGGAGAGCUUCAGCGUGUACUCCAUAAGCUGACCACCUUGCAGGUGUAUGAUGAAGACCCUCGAGAAAUGGUCAGAUUUCACUCUCCUGAGACACACUGGAAACCAGUGAGAGAAGAGAGGAAAAAGGAUACUGAGAAAAAAAAAACAAAGGUCCCCAGUGAUGCAAAUAAGGCACUUGGGCAGGAUGAAGACCCACUCAAACAAGGUUCAGAGUCUCAGGAACAAGAUGGCUCCGAAGUAGAGUUGGAGCUAGUAGAAUUGACACUUGGGACCCUGGAUCUUCGUGAAUUUGAAGUAUUGCCCAAGCAGAGGAGGAGGAGGAAGAAGAAGAAGGAGAGAAGUCAAGAGCUGCAGUAUGGGGUACAUGGGCCUCUUCUUCAGCAACGUCAAGAUGAGCCAUUCUCACAGCCAACUCAAGUGCUUGCAACCCCACUGGACACUUCAGUUGAUGAGGCCAAAGCCCCUGGCCAACCAGAGCUCUGGGAUAUGCUUCUAGCUGCUUGUCGUGCUGGAGAAGUUGAGGUGCUAAAGCUGCAGCUAGCCACUGGGCCUGUAGACCCUGCAGUUAUGUCCCUACUCAAUGCCCCUUUGGGCUCUGGUGGCUUUACUCUCCUGCAUGCAGCAGCUGCAGCUGGAAGAGCCUUAGUAGUUCGUUUGCUGUUGGAGGCAGGUGCUGACCCCACUGUGCAGGACUCUAGAGCUCGGCCACCUUAUACUGUAGCAGCUGACAAAUCAACGCGUAAUGAAUUCCGGAGGUUCAUGGAGAAGAAUCUUGAUGCCUAUGAUUACAACAAGGCUCGGGUGCCAGGGCCAUUGAGUCAAGAAAUGGAAGCCCGGCAGGCUACAAGGAAAAAGGAGCAAAAGGCAGCUCGACGCCAACGGGAGCAGCAGCAGAGGGAGCAGAGGGAACAGAAAGAAAAGGAGCAAGAGGAGCAAAGGCGGUUUGCUGCCCUCAGUGACCGAGAGAAGAGAGCUCUAGCUGCAGAGCGUCGACUUGCUGCCCAGCUGGGAGCCCCUAGCCCUCCAGUUCCUGACUCAACAGUUGUCAAUGCUGGACGCUGCUGGAGUUGUGGAGUUUCCCUCCAAGGCCUCGUUCCCUUUCACUACCUUGACUUCUCUUUCUGCUCCACGCGUUGCCUUCAAGACCAUCGCAGUCAGGCAGGGAGACCUUCAUCUUGAUUUCUUACAGCCACCUGGGGCCAACUCUGGGUCCCAAGAGGACACAUCCAGACCUAGAGCUCUCUUCCUCCUCAUGAAGCUUGAUAUUAUUUGGAAGAUGGGCACUGAAGGACACUCAGGAACCAGGGCAAAGACAGGGCCACGGAGGUGUGUGGAGCCAGUACUGUCUUUGGAAUUUUAAUCACAAUAAAAUUUGGCAAGAAAACUGUGUAUACUUACA